AUGUUUUCGCCCAAAGAUAAACAAGACAAAUUGAUACGGGCCACUGAUUUGGAUGCGCUUAGUUGCAGAGAUAGUAUCAACAAGAAAGGGCAUUUACCAGUGGAAGAUCCUUACAUAGCAAUGCUUGUCAAGUCCUACGAGGAUAACCUCCGGUGGUGUCAAGGAUAUACUGGUCUUUCGGCGCCUCGAACGUUGAGGAAUGUGUUUGGCGAGACCAAGCAGCCUUUGAUCAAUAGGGGAACGUAUUUGAGAUCCAAGGUAAUCUUCGAAAUCAUCCACUCAUUUAUUGCCGAGUUUAGAAAUGAGUCUCAGAUUAUUUCUUUGGGUAGUGGGUCGGAUACCAAACUUUUUAGUAUUCUCGAGCUGAAUCAUGAUAUAACAGUUCAUGAAUACGAUUAUCCCGAGUCAGCAAAAAUCAAGAAACUUGCAAUUUUAAAGCAUGAUAAACUCCGACAUACAUUGCGUGUCGAGGAAGGUGAAGAUCAAACAGCUACGAUGCCCACAAUCCAGAGCAAGAAAGAUUUUGAAAUAUAUGAACCAGAUUUGCAUACAAGGAAUUACCAUCUUCAUGGCCAAGAUUUACGCGAUGUGAACAAUUUGGACAUUACGGGAGUCGACACAAACAAACCUACGUUGGUACUAAGUGAGUGUGCGUUAUGUUAUUUGUCAGCACAUGAUUACGAAAGAGUGGUCAAUUUUUGGAGCACAAUUGGCCACAAUUUGACCGGAUUUCUAAUAUAUGAGCCAAUUACUUUGGGAGAUUCAUUUGGUGAAGUUAUGCUGCGAAAUCUACAAGGAAGAGGCUUACAUUUGCCAACUUCCGAGGCAUAUCCUACAAUAGACUCUAGAAUUAAGUUUUUAACUAGUAUGGGGUUGGAAAACUUGUAUCUUACUGAUAUGGGCGUAGUCGGAGGAUACGAGGCUACGCACGCAGCAAAGAAUAACCCAUGGAUAAGUGAGCUUGAGAUGGAGCGGCUUAAUGGUAUAGAGAGAAUCGACGAACAUGAGGAAUUGGCGUUACUACUCCGCCAUUAUUGUUUGAUUUAUGGCGAGAGCAAAAAAGAGAACCAGAGUUUGAGUUUUAAUUCCAGUUCGGGUUUAAAUCCAAGCUCAAACACUGCAUCAGGUUCCAAUGCUCAUUUAAAACCCGUAUUUACUCGAAUAUCAAGAUGGGACUGGAGUCGAAAUGUAAAAGACUGCAGUUUAGAUUAG